CGCUACCAUCCUCUGGCCUGGUCUCUCUCGCGGCGGGUGCACUCAGGACGGCUGCAUCGCCAAUUACUUGUUAAUCGCCAGUGCCUCCGUCACCCUCACCGACCGUCGAAAUGUCCGCCAAAUUCUUCUGCCUUGCUCUCCUCACGCUUGUCCUCUCCGCACAGACAGGAUAUGCGAUCAAGUGUUUUGUGUGCAACAGUCACACCGACAAAGCGUGCAUGCAGGACCGCCCACCUGAGUCCCUUGAGAAGGAUUGCACGGACGCUCCUGAUGGCGCCACAUACACCAUGUGCCGCAAAAUUGUCCAGCACAUUGACUUCGAGGUCAAUGGACUCCAGCCUGACCACCGCGUGAUUCGCUCGUGCGGCUACGAAGCGUCCAACUAUGUGGACAAAUGCUACCAGAGGGCCGGAUUCGGUGGCCGCCAAGAAGUGUGUUCUUGCACAACAGGUGACAUGUGCAACUCCGCGCCGGGCAUCAGCUCGAUGUCUGUGAUGGUGACAGUGGCCGUUGCCGCCUUGGCCCGUCUCUUCCUGUACUAGAGAGACCAACUGGCCGAAAAAGAGCUGAAAUUCAUUCAAACCAAAUAAAGAGGGUGCCAGCAAUUAUCCUAUUCUUCCGCCAUCCGUCGCCAGCUCUUGGAUCGGUUUAGAAAAUAAAAUACCAAAAGCACGCAUAAUUUGUUUGUACAGAAAGAGAAAAAUUGUUCUUCUUUAAUUUUAAAAAUAAACAUAACUUCGAGCUUUUUAAAUUGGAGCGAAAUUUUCAUCGCCUCGUCUCUCACAGUUUGAUUCUUUGAUUGCGCGUUUAGAAUGAACUUUAGCAGUUGACCCCUUCUCUUCUUCUGUAGUGACCGUUGAGCCAUAUAAAGAAAAAAGACACCAUUGAUUAGCAUCAAGAGAUAUUCCACUGUGUUAGUGUAAAUAAUAAGGGAUAAUUAUUAAUGUAACGAAGGAGUCGGAUUUUCCAUCAAGUAAGCCGCUGGGGUUUGUGCAUGUCCAUAGUCUCAUUGCCAUUUACCUAUUUGCGAUUCAACAUGCAGCUCAAGGGAGGUAAAUAUGUUUGGUCGACACACAAAGGUCGGCUCGAGAUGGAAUGCUAUAGUAAAAAGUCGAAGUAAUAUCACUGGAGAAAGCCAGCAUGCAACACAAGAAAAUAUUUAGGGCUGAAAUAAAUAUACAAAAAUCAGUUGUUGUACGCUUAAUUAUUGUUGCUUUGGA